AUGACGUUUGAGGCCAUCAAGCUUCUAGAGCCUGCUCAUGUUGAUAUGUUAUGGCGUAUGUAUAACAUUGAUCAUGGUCUUAUUGUUCAAGAGGUGUCGAAAGGAUCUAAUGCUGAGAUACUCGGAAUCCAAAAAGGUGAUGUUAUUGAAUCUAUCAAUGGAAAACCUGUUUCUACCACAAUUGAGUUGGAGAAUAUGCUGAUGAGCACAUGCAAGGGCCUUGCUGAAGUUCAUAUUUCUGUUGGGGUGUUUCACACACUUAAAGAAGAACGAAGCACCGUAGAGUUGAGUGCAAAAUUAUCAAAACUUGGAGAAGUUAUUACAAGCUAG